AGCCCGAGCCAUUCUGACUGCUGCUGCCUUUAGGCUCGGAUCAAAAAGUCCAUCUCAUUCCAGCACAUUCAUCUCACCACUUCAGUCUCAUCUCUACACAGACAUGAGGACCACGGUGAUCUCCGUUGUCAUGGCAAUGAUGUACGUGAUGGUGGCGCCCGCAGCUGUGAAACCGCAAAAAGAUUUUAAUGUGCAGAAGUUUACAGGUAAAUGGUACCGUGUGGGGCUGGCCUACGACUCUCCGGGUUUUGUCCCUCUCAGAACCAUAAUGAAGAUCUCCGUGGGUGUCAUCAGCGUUCUGCCCAACGGCAACGUCAACCUCACCUCUUGGGAAGCCGUACCUGUGGGAUGCUUGACUCAGUCCUACCUGUAUGAAAGAACCAGCAUUCCUGGGCAGUUCACCUACUUCAGCACACGUCAUAACCAAGAGAAGGACAUCACUGUGGUGGAAACAAACUACACUGAAUACGCUUUGGUUGUCAAACACAAAGAGUUUAACAGAGAAUACACCCAGGUGGCACUUUAUGGUCGCUCUUCCAGAGUCCGGGCUGAAGUCAUCCAGAAGUUCAAAGCACUCGCACUAUCUCAAGGCUUCCCCAGAGAGUCUAUUCUAACUCCACCUCCAGCAGAGAACUGUCCACCAGGAUCUGGACGUUAGGUUUCCUGAUUUACUGCGGAUGAAGGAGGCUUCAAUCAUUCAGCAUCAAUCUGAAGCGAUAAUUUCCAUAACUUUGUGGGAAACAAAUGUUCCUAACAGAAUUCGUACUUUGGCAUCAGUAAUUUCUGUAGUUGUUUUUUUUUCAUUCCUUCUAUUCUUAAAGGUGCAGUGUGUAUGAGUAUAGUGAGAAUUUUACAGUGAGAAAAUCCCAAAAGAGUCUAAUGUUACAGUCAUUUAGGAAGGAAGGUUCUACUGAAACAUGUUUCAUAUCCAGCUAGCUGCUGGACUGUCAGUUUUUCUCCCUUCAAAACAAAGGAAGGAGGGACGUAACGACUGUUUACCAUCAGUCAGCGUGGGGUUGCCGUGUCUCCUGCGAGCGAAUACUGCAGCGCCGACAGUUGUAAUUAGACGGCUGGCAAAAAGUUUCAGAGUUGUUUAAAGUGGUUCCAGUAAGCACAUUUUACCACAGAAUGUCAUUUUUACUUUAUUUCUACAAAUUUCAAUAAAAACAAAGAUAUUAAGCAUUUUAUAAA